AGAUUCUAUAUAGACCACUCCUUAUUGACCUCUCUACUUAAUGCUCAUUCACUUUUACCAGUAAUCUAUUCUUCAAAGUUGCUUUCAUUCUCUCUCUCUCACAGCUUCUUAGGUUCCAUGGAUUGGUCACACAAGCUUCUCUUUACAGCUUUUCUUCUUAUUGCUGCAGCCAUUAAUGGAGCUCAAGGUGAUGCCAUGGUCACUGGAACUGUCUUUUGUGACCAAUGCAAAGAUGGCCAAGUUUCUCUUUUUGAUUACCCUUUACAAGGUAUAAAAGUUACAAUGGCCUGCCCAGGCAGUGAUGGGCAACUCACAGUCUUUAGAGAGGAGACAACAAAUUGGUUAGGCAGCUAUGCUAUAAAGUUUGAUGGUACCCCAGACCUGAGUGGUUGUUAUUCUCAGGUCACCGGCGGUGGGCAGAGGUCUACAGGCUGUGAGGCAGCGGCCGGUCCCUCCCAGUCUCUGAGACUUAUGUUUAGAAUGUUUGAUAUGGAAAUGUACACUGUGGAUCCUUUGUUGUCUCAACCUGCACAACCUAUGUCCUUCUGCCCAAGAUCAGCUUCCCCUGUGCCUGUGCCUGUGCCUGUGCCAGUGACCCCUGUAACGCCUCCACCAGCGCCUCGACUACCACCGUUGCCUCGGUUGCCACCAUUGCCUCGGUUGCCUCCAAUGCCACCAGUGCCAUUCUUGGAAGCUUCAGCCUGUCCCCACAACAUGUGGACAAUGCCUGAAUAUAAUUGCUACUGGAAGGUGGUGAACCCAGACAUGAAAGUAGUCGUAGUUUUCGGACUACUAGCAGCAAGGAGGUACGGGACAGACUUGACAUUGGGGGUAGCCAUGAGAGGGAGAGGGGACCCUUACAGGACCCUCCUAAGAGAAGGGACAACUGCACUUCUUAACUCCUACAAUAGUGUCCAGUUCCCAUACCAUCCUCUUGGUGUGGUCGAACAUUUGAAUUUAGCCUUAAUGGGUUCUGAGCGGCUUGUCCUCCUAACCGCUCUGAGGUUCAUCAGGGCUAAUUCCGGUUAUGGCAAAAUUGCCUGCAGAUUCACCACUUGCAAGUGAUCAUCCAUCAUUUCCAGCUAUUUGUAGAUCUACAUAUAUGUGGGUCGUAUUUGUUUCAGUUCUGGAGUUGUAUUGUGUGUGAUUUUGGAAUUACACUGUCUGAGUUUAAUAAUUCUAUGCAUUAUACAAUCAUUUAAUAUGAUUUUUAACGAUUUCUCAUAUUAAGUGAAAACUCAUGCUUACAAUGGCUGUCUUCUUAGGGAUGUAAUUCAAGCAGGUUAGAUGGGUUGAGAGUUUAAUAAGAACUAG